CGAGUUUCUACACCCUCCCUACUGCCUCACCGUACCAGGUUUAUAAAAGGCCUGGCUGGCAACAAUAAACCAGAAAAAAGAGGGACAACAACUUACAGCAAUGGCUGGUAACCUGCCACAAGAGGUGGAAGCCUAUCUCGAGGAAAUAGUCAAGCGUCUGACGGAAUACCUGCAACACCAGCUCGUGGGGAUAUAUCUAUUUGGGUCUGCGAGUUAUGGCGCCUACGAGUCCGGCCUCAGCGACCUUGACGUACAGGCCAUAGUGACGGAUCGGCUGAGCACCGUCGAGAAGCAGGCAGUGAUCAGCCGCCUAACCCACGCCGCCUUACCUUGCCCGGCGACAAAACUCGAGUUCGUGCCCGAUCAUAUCAGCCUCGAUCCCGCCAACGAGUCCAGCCACUGGUUUCUGCUGGAUAUCGCGAUGGGACGUCAGCUUGGCCGCAGCCUGUGCGGCCCUGAUCCGACCCACGCGUUCGGCGCGAUUCCUCAACGCUGGAUCCUGGAAGCAAUCGCGGACUCGCUCGAUUGGCACCACGAAAACGAACUCAGCUCUCCCAACAGCAUUCUGAAUGCGUGCCGAGGCUGGCAAUUCAUUGUCACGGGCGAGUUCUCUUCCAAAUCGGAUGGGGCCAAAUGGGCCCUACAACAACAGGACUGUCCGGACGUUGUUCGACGGGCAAUCCUCGCGCGCAACACAGGCGACAAACUCCCUGCGGCCCAGGCAAGGAUGCUCUAUGAUAUUGUUAUGACGGCCAACCGUGCCAAACUCGCGACGGAUAUAUAG